UGUGGUUCAUUGAUUAUUAGUCUCUGUAUCGUCUGUAUUUGUCGUAUAGAAGGAAUCACAAGAUUGGUUUCUCUGAUAAGCAGUUGUCAGAAGAAAGUCGUGUAGAAUCAGUGAAUUAUUGGUAUAUUUCUGCUUUUUUUCUAUCUUAAACAAUUUUACUUUUACUCGAAAGAGCUGGGUCAUUUUAGUAAUUCCAAUUUAUUGAAUGUAAAUAUCGUUACGACUUUGUAAAAAUCAAAUAUGGGAUCGCUUUUUCGGAGCGAAGAGAUGACCUUGUGUCAACUCUUUUUGCAAAGUGAAGCAGCUUAUGCCUGUGUCUCAGAGCUCGGCGAGCUUGGACUGGUACAAUUUCGAGAUCUCAAUCCUGAUGUCAAUGCUUUUCAACGAAAAUUUGUCAAUGAAGUGCGCCGUUGUGAUGAAAUGGAACGUAAAUUGCGGUAUUUGGAAAAAGAGAUUAAAAAAGAUGGUAUUCCUAUGCUAGAUACUGGAGAAAAUCCAGAAGCUCCUCAACCUCGAGAAAUGAUAGAUCUUGAAGCAACAUUUGAAAAACUGGAAAAUGAGUUACGAGAGGUUAAUCAAAAUGCUGAAGCUCUUAAACGGAAUUUCUUGGAAUUGACUGAAUUAAAACAUAUACUUAGGAAAACUCAAGUCUUCUUCGAAGAGAUGGCAGACCCGAGCCGUGAGGAAGAACAAGUCACUCUCUUAGGUGAAGAGGGCCUCCGCGCUGGCGGCCAGGCUCUCAAGCUCGGUUUCGUCGCGGGAGUUAUCCUAAGAGAACGUAUCCCUGCGUUUGAACGCAUGUUAUGGCGUGCUUGCCGCGGUAAUGUAUUCUUACGUCAAGCUGAAAUUGAAACUCCUCUUGAAGAUCCUUCAACAGGGGACCAAGUUUUCAAGUCUGUAUUUAUCAUAUUCUUCCAAGGAGAUCAGUUGAAAACUCGAGUUAAAAAAAUCUGUGAAGGGUUCAGAGCUACUUUAUAUCCAUGCCCUGAAGCACCCGCUGACCGCCGUGAAAUGGCUAUGGGUGUCAUGACACGGAUUGAGGAUUUAAAUACAGUUCUUGGUCAAACUCAAGAUCACCGACAUCGAGUCUUAGUAGCUGCUGCAAAAAAUAUUAAAAACUGGUUCGUGAAAGUCCGAAAGAUCAAGGCGAUUUACCAUACUUUGAAUUUAUUCAACUUGGAUGUUACACAGAAAUGUUUAAUUGCUGAAUGCUGGGUCCCAGUGUUGGACAUUGAAACAAUUCAACUUGCAUUACGUCGUGGAACUGAGCGUAGUGGUAGUUCCGUUCCACCGAUUUUAAAUCGUAUGGAAACCUUCGAAGAUCCUCCCACGUACAAUCGGACAAACAAGUUUACGAAAGGGUUUCAAGCUCUAAUAGAUGCAUACGGAGUUGCUUCUUACAGAGAGAUGAAUCCAGCUCCUUACACGAUAAUAACAUUCCCAUUUCUAUUUGCUGUAAUGUUCGGAGAUACAGGUCAUGGGCUUAUCAUGUUCCUCUUUGGUGGCUGGAUGGUGUUAAAAGAAAAAGGACUCGCUGCGAAGAAAUCUGAUAAUGAAAUUUGGAAUAUUUUCUUCGGUGGUCGAUAUAUUAUUUUCUUAAUGGGUUUAUUUUCAAUGUAUACUGGAAUUAUAUACAACGAUAUAUUCUCUAAAUCGUUGAACGUUUUCGGAUCGUACUGGAGAGUUAGCUACAACUAUACCACAAUAUAUUCAAAUAAGCAGUUGCAACUAAAUCCUAGUGAAAAGGAUCAAUUUUUACAAUUUCCGUACCCGAUAGGAAUGGAUCCAGUGUGGCAGUUAGCAGAAAAUAAAAUCAUUUUUUUAAACUCAUACAAAAUGAAAAUCUCAAUCAUUUUUGGUGUUAUACAUAUGUUGUUUGGUGUAUUUGUUGGAUUAUGGAACCAUUUGUACUUUAAAAGAAAACUUAGCAUAAUUUGUGAAUUUAUCCCACAAAUUAUCUUUCUGGUGUUCCUCUUCUUAUAUAUGGUACUUCUUAUGUUCAUGAAAUGGAUUAAGUAUGGUCCCAAUAGUGAUGGUACAGAUACAGAACACGGUCCUUUUUGUGCACCAUCUGUACUAGUUACCUUUAUCAAUAUGGUGUUGUUUAAUCCUGGAACUGCACCAAAGGAAUGCACGCCAUGGAUGUAUGCUGGACAAGAAGGAUUCCAAACACUUCUUGUGGUUAUAUCUGUUCUGUGUAUCCCAUGGAUGUUGUUCGCAAAGCCCUUUAUGCUAAUGUACAAUAGAAAGAAGCAACACCAACAGUUAAACAAUCAUGGAACAGAAAAUGGGGAUGUAGAAGGUGGUGUUGAUACAAUCCAGCCAAACAGUGGCAUUGUUCAAGGUGGUCACAAGGAAGAAGAAGAAGAGAUGGGCGAAAUGUUUAUUCAUCAAGGAAUUCACACUAUUGAAUAUGUUCUUGGCAGUGUAUCUCAUACUGCGUCAUAUUUGCGUUUAUGGGCUUUAUCACUUGCUCAUGCUCAAUUAUCAGAAGUUUUGUGGACCAUGGUCAUGAGAAAUGGAUUAACACGCGAAGGUUGGUCAGGAGGUAUUAUUUUAUGGGCUGUGUUUGCAUUUUGGGCUGUUUUAACCAUCGGUAUCUUAGUACUUAUGGAAGGAUUAUCAGCUUUCUUACACACAUUGCGGCUUCAUUGGGUUGAAUUCCAAAGUAAAUUUUAUUCUGGGGAAGGAUAUAGUUUCCAGCCAUUCUCGUUUGAAAUUAUUUUGGACGCUGCGCAAUCCACCGCAGAGGACUAAAAUAAAGAAACUUCAUUUACAAUAUACAUUACCAGUAAU